CGAAGAUGGCGGCUGUGGAAGAGAGAGUAGAGAGAGGUGCCGGAGCGCUGGAUUCUGAUUCGGUUUCACCGAGACUGUCCACUCCUCCGCCGGAUCAGCCUCACCAGAACAACCCGCUCCUAGGACUUCCCAUCGUGGCGAUCGAGACCAUCCUCAAUUUCUUGUCCUACGACGAAAUCAGUCUGCUGCGCUUGGUGUGCAAGCGCAUGGACAUGAUCUGCCAACGCAUGCUCAACCAGGGCUUCCUCAGAGUGGAGCGCUACCAUAGUCUGUGCCAGAAGCAGGUGAAGGCCCAGCUACCCAGACGGGAGUCAGAGCGGAGGAACCACUCGCUGGCUCGUCAUGCAGACAUCCUGGCUGCCGUGGAGACGCGCCUGUCCCUGCUCAACAUGACCUUUAUGAAAUACGUCGACUCCAACCUCUGCUGCUUCAUACCCGGCAAGGUGAUCGACGAGAUCUACCGCGUGCUGCGGUACGUGAACUCCACGCGGGCGCCCCAGAGGGCCCACGAGGUGCUGCAGGAGCUGCGGGACAUUUCCUCCAUGGCCAUGGAGUACUUCGAUGAGAAGAUCGUCCCCAUCCUCAAGAAGAAGCUGCCAGGGGCCGACCUCUCAGGCCGCCUCAUUGGCUCCACCCCAGUGGCCGGCCCCUCCACCUCGCUGACCACCAUGUCGCUGCUGGCCAAGAACACGCCGUCGCGCUCGGAGAUGACCAAGGUGCAGCAGCAGGUGAAGGUGAACGGGGCGUCCAUGACGGCGCUGCGGCGGGAGAUGUCGGAGGUGCGGGUGAAGCAGCUGGAGCAGCAGAAGCAGCUGCAGGACCAGGAGCAGAAGCUGCUGGAGCAGACGCAGGUCAUCGGCGAGCAGAACGCCCGGCUGGCCGAGCUGGAGCGCAAGCUGCGCGAACUGAUGGACAGCGCCGUGGGGGGCGGGGCGGGGGGAGGCCCCGCCUCUGCCACCAACCCCGCCCCCGCAUCGUCAUCAUCUUCCUCCUCCCCCAGUGCUGUGGUCUCCAGCGGGGGGGCGGCGGGCGUGGACGGCCCUCCCUACAAGCGUGCAAGGAAGAGCCCGGACUCUACCCGCCAGUCCAAACGCCUGCGCAGCAAGAAGUAGAGGGACUUUUAUCUUUUUCUUUUUUUUUUUUUCCUCCGUUGUUGCGAGGCCACGCCCAUGCCCUGUGGUAUCAUUUUUUUCCCCCCUCUUUAUUUUGAAUGUCACUCGGAGAGCUGAUGAGGAGGGGAGUGUGGGAGGGAAGGAGGAGGGAGGGAGGAGCAUGGAGGGGGUGUAGAUCAGCCUGUUUUCUUGUGUUGGGUCCCCUCCACGCCUAAUAUGUCCCCACCCACUCCCCUCCUGCCCCGACAUAUACUCAUACACCCCCUCCACACACACAAACACACACACACACACACACACAUCCUGACAUAGAAUUGGGCUUUUUCACCAAAAGGGGCAGUGGACUGUUGGGCUGUCGUGUCCUCAUUAAAACCCAUGCAGAAGCGUAACAAAGGCAAGAGUAGAAAUGUACACAGGGAGAGAUCUUAUACGAUGAGUCCUGCACACUCCGGGGGCACACGUUUAGCCAAAGAGAGUCCUACUGUCUCAUCAGUCCAUGUAGCCAGCACACUGAAAUAUCUUCCAGGGGAAGGGAGGCAGUUCACAGCUGGGAGGGCAGUCGCUGAGGUAACGGGUACCAAAAACCGAACUGAAUCAGUCUCUUAAGUUGGCAGGUGGCCGCAGCCUUGAUCUCAGGGCGCUUGAAAGGUUCUGCUUUCACAAACGAUCAGAUGGCUUCCUUUGUGAC